UGGAAGAUUAGUUUAGUAUAUAUAGGCGGCUGAAAUGCAGGCAAUUGCCUUUGAAAAAAUUAACUGCAAUAUGGUCAAGAAUUUUGUGAUUGUGACUAUUGUGAUAUUUUUGUCGCUCCAGUGCCAAGGAGCAGACUUACCUUCUGACAUUGCAAAAUGCAAGGCUGGGGACAAUGCUUGCAUUCGAGAUAAAAUUAUGGAACUUUUCAAGAAAUUCCCCAAAGGCAAUCCGGAAUUUGGAAUGCCCAAUAUAUCUGCCCUAAGCAAGAACAAUGUGGUGAUAUCGCGUGCCAGUCCCGAUGCGCCCGUACAACUUAAUUUCAAAUUUUUGGAUUAUACUUGUUAUGGUUUCGAAAAUGCAGUUGUGGUUAACACCACCGGAUGGACCAAGAAGCCCAAAGUCAUUGAGGCCCAUCUCAGAGUGCCAUCAUUGAGAAUGGGGGGUGAAUAUGAGGGAAGUGGUAAAAUUCUAUUCCUUACUUUGAAUGGCAAAGGUAAGGGUUUGGUGGAAUUGGUCGAUUGCACAGCAUUCACGAAGUUCGAGAUACGUUUGGAGAAGAGGAAUAAUGGUAAAAAUUAUGCCAAAAUUAUCAAAAUGAAGGUCGAUUUGGAGCCAAAAAAAUUGAAAGCGAAUAUGGAAAACUUGGUUCCUAACAGCAAAGAAUUGUCGGAUUCACUUAAUGACGUACUUAACAACAAUUGGAAAGAUGUCUGGAAUGCCCUUAGUGAUGGCAUAUCUAAGGCUUUUUCUGAAGCAAUUGCGGAAAAAAUAACUCAAGUUUUUGAUGUACUCUCCUAUGAUGAUUUUUAUGCAGAAUAAAUAAACCUAAUAAAAGCAAUAAAAAAAGCUGA